AUGUAUGCAACUGCAGCGCCUUGCUGCAAAUUCGCCACGAUUGUACUAGCGGUCGAGCUGCGAUGCGAUCUGUUCGGUGCUGUUGCAUCCAUCAGAUCGAUGGGACCUGUGUGUCUUGGUGCUGAUAGCGCCCGACUUCUCCGUACUUUGUCAGAGCUUCCGGGGCUGAGCCUUGCAUUCAGCCAGUCAGGUACAUUGCAGCACGGGGAAGUGAAAGUACCAUCCGCCAAAGGGGUUGGACAAGAAGAGACAUGCUCCAAAAUUUCAAUUAUCAACCGAGACGAGCAAUGGCAAAAGAUAGGUCCAAUGAGAGUGACUUUCAUGACGUUCUCAUCCGUCAUAGUUGAGGUUGCCCCGAGGAUGAACCACGCCGGGCUGGAGAAUCUAACUCACACUUGCCCACAGAUUCUCAUUGCACCGACGAAUGGCAAUGCACGAAAGCCAUCCUAUCCCUGUCGCGCGGGGAAAAAGGGAAAAUCUGAAUCACUUUCGUCACAUUAUCAACCCUAUGAUUCGAUGUUCCGAUGGACACAUGUUCCCGAAGCGCGAUGGGGGGAAGAGAUGGAUCGGCAGCCUGCACAUCCUUUCCUGGUUCUGCUUUGGCUGCUCACUCCCACUCGCUCCCACUCGCUCCCAGCCAUGAUCCGUCAGAAGGUGUGUCGAACCCGCGGGAAUGGAUCGUCCUGCCCCAAGCCGUUGACUUUCUUUGUGGUGGAGCUUAAAAUCCGACCAGAGAGGGAAAAGUACGCCAGCCCACCUCCACUACCAGAUUGGGGGGGUUGGGACCAAAAGGACGAUACAUCGACAUCCAGCACAAAGGGGUUUAAGAUACCUCCGGUUGUAGUACCGUCUAGGUGCAUUAUCAGUGGCACUAGUCAGGAUAGCGGGAGGCACGAUGAGAGAAAGGUCGAGCGAAGCAUUCCGAUAUUGAUCCUGACCCCGUCUUGCGGCGAUGGAGGCAAAGCCACGAAUCCGAUGGCUCGAUCGACGGGAGGGGGUGGGAAAGUGGAAAAGGCGAGCCGUCUUGCUAUUGUUGGCGAGGCCAUCCAACCUCAGCAGCAUCAUGCCUCUACAUCAUCGCCAUGGAUCAUCGUCAUACUACUAGCGGUGGAUGAUGAGGAUCAUCGCCAUUCCUCCGAGAGCGACACCUCGUUGGCGGUGAUGGGUGGCCCCCCCUUCAGGGGAUUUGGGUUCCCGCUAAGGAGGGCAGCGGCGAACCAAGGGGCGUGA